AAAACCAGUGAGAUUUAAUCAGAUUUUGUUCGAAAAACAACGAAAAUGUCGCGGAGAAGGCAAUUCGAUGAUGAGGAUGAAGUUCAAAUGAAAAGACGUCGCGGGGCUCCACUAAUCGAAGAUGUAGAAAAAAAACUGCAGGGAGUCAUCGGAAAAGUUGGAGAGAAUACUGGCUCAUCGAUCGAAUGCAAUUUGGAUAAACUCACAGCUUUUUUACAUGAUGAUCUCGAAAAAUAUCGGGCUUCAAUUAUUGAUAUUAUUGCUGGAUGUGCCAUCUAUCUCCCAAAUCGUGUUACUGUAUACACAACUCUAGUUGGUCUGUUGAAUUCAAAGAAUUUCAAUUUCGGAGGAGACGUCGUAGAAAAAUUAAUUUCUGAGCAGCAAGAUCUUCUUUCAAAACAAAAAUAUCAAGAGGCUCAAAAUCUUGCUAUUUUCCUUUGUGAUCUUGGAAAUUCUGGAGUGCUCACAGCUCAAUCAAUUGGAGAAUAUUUGGAGAGCUUCAUUGCAGCUGCUUUUGAGGAAAACAUGCCUCAAGUUCGUAAUGAUUAUUAUAUCCAAACAGUUCUUCGUUGUCUUCCAUGGAUUGGUAAAGAAUUGACUGAAAAAGCUCCCGAGCAAAUGGAGAAUAUUGGAGAAGCGAUUGGAAAGUAUCUCGAGUUGAGAAAUAAAAAUCACGUUGCGCUUCUCCAAGUUUGGCGGGAAGGCUCGACAGAUCAAAAACAAGAAGAUUAUCUCGAAAGUUUAUCAGCUCAGAUUGAAGCUCUUCGUAAUGCGGAUUGGGUUGAAAAUCACAUUCCUCGACAUUAUUCUGGUUUUGAAACCACCCUUCAAGAUGCCCUCCAACAUAAUUUGCCAAGUUUUCAAUCUCCAGAACAUACCUCGGAUAUGAUUUAUCCAUAUCCACUGGUCGUUUUCCGUCUGUUUCAAGACGCGGAUUGUUCCGCCUUUUCUAGUAAACCCCUUCCCGGUGAUAGUUCAAUAGAUCGUUUCCUCUUCGAAGGUGAAAUCGCUUGGAUCAUUGAAAAAAAUCAAUUUAAUAGAAAAGCAUGUGCUCGUGAACUUCUCGCUUUCGCAGAAGAGAAUCCAUCUGUUCCUAUUGGAUUCCUUAUUUUCGAAACUAUUUUCGGUCAAAUGCUCCGUCUACCACAUGCCCCAUAUCCAGCAAUAUUUCAUUGCUCUCUCGUUCUCGAACUGCUAAAGCUUAAACCAGACGACUAUCCACAGAUUCUUGUUCAAACUGUUGAGUGUAUCUAUCGGCGCGCAGAUUCAAUGCAACCAGUUUGUAUUGACAGAAUGGUUGAUUGGUUCAGUUUCCAUCUUUCUAAUUUCCAAUAUCGAUACACCUGGACAGAUUGGAAGGAUUGUUUGAAUAAAGAUGCAUUUUCCGGCAGUCAAAUCUUUGUACGAGAAGUCAUAGAAAAGUGUCGUCGUUUUGGAUCUUAUGAGAAAAUUAUCGCUGCAUUGCCCCAAGAUUUUGUCAAGAUUCAUCCAUGCUCUCCAGAAGUUCGAUAUCUCAUUGAUGAAGAAGACACUGCACUAGUUCAACGAGCGGAAACAUUCACUCAAAUGUUCCAAGAACGUCAGCCAGCUGAAGCAUUCCUCAAUGAGCUUAAAUCAAAUGAUGAAAAUGACGAAUUGCCAUAUAACAUUAAUGAAUUCGGUCUUUUCGUAAUGGUUAUGCUCAAAAUGGCAUCGAAGACUUAUUCACACAACUUCUCAGCUCUAUUCAGAUACCAAACCACUCUGAAAACUGUCUGUGACGCAUCAGAACUUUAUCAAGAGAAGCUACUGGAAACACUUUAUUCGUGCUGGAAAACGAAUCAACAGAUGUUGAUGAUCCUUACUGAUAAGCUUCUUAAAAUGCAAGUAAUCGAUUGUUCAGCCGUUGUUGGUUGGCUAUUCGACGAGAAAAUGUGGCAAGAACAUGACAGACAAUGGUUGUUCGAAGUGCUCAAUCAAGCAUUGGAAAAGCUCACACGACAGAUUAAUGUUGUCGAAAAAGACAUAAAAGAGCUGACUGAGAAAACAGAGAAUAAGAUCAAAGAGGAGGAUGAUGAAGAGUCUGAUAUUAAGAUGGAUGAAGAUGAAACCAAAGAAGAAAAAUUCAAACAAGAUCUCGAAGAUUUGGAGAACAAUAAAGAGAAAUUAGAAAGAAUGGUCACUUUCCAAAAGGGUCUUUUCAAUGAUUUCUUAAUAGCAUUCAUUGAAGAAAUAAAAAACGCGGCCACGUCCAACACAUCCGAGAUGGAUGGUUCUGGGGAUACACCAGGAACUCAAACACCUAAAUUCAUGUGGCUCCGUGGAAGAUUCUGUCACGUUUUGCUAGCUCACGCGGAAACACUGUUGAAGCACUCGAGUAACAUCGCUGAUGAAGUUUUCUCUGAAGGAACCGAUCCUAGCAUUAUUGAAUGCUUCAACCAAUUCCAGUCUCUUCGUCUUUAAAUGAGUCAUAUACUUUAAUCUUGUCCAAUUUCAAAUUUCCUGUUAUUUUUCUCAACCAAUCUCUUCAAAAUCUCUACGAUCCCAGUCCGGGUUCAUCAUAAAUAUGGACUUUAAGUCCCCGGAACCAUGUUUAUUUUAUCAAUAUUAAACUCCCAAUCUCCGUUUGUUUCUUGUUGUGUUUCAUUACAUGUUUUACCAGGUCAUUUAUUUAUUCUAUUUAAUAAAAUUAAUCGAUCCGUUC